UUUGUAACUAAUAAUACUAUUUUAUUGACCACUGCUGUAUAUUUUGGUUUUGUGUUGUGAGCGACAACGAAGUUGUGUGGGUGUUUAAAAAGGGUAAGAAAGGCAAAAUAAAAAAAAAAGGCGAAACGGAGUAGGACAAGAACCAAAAAGGAAAACGAAAUAAAAGUAACGUUUGUGUGCGGCCCAACCGAAAACCAAUUAACUUUUUGAAUAUUGCGCUAAAUUGCGCGCCAUCGCCCGUUCGUUUACCAACACUGACCGCCGAAUGCAACCCUGCGCAACACUAACUCACACACACACACACGAACGUAGUAAGACCCAGGGAGGCAAAAAUUCACACACAAGCAAAUAUUUUUUUGUUAUUAUUGAACAGUGAGGAAGAACAGCGCGAAAGGGAAAAACGAGCUUGCGGAUGUGAAAAGUAAAGCGGGUGUGUGGAAAACGGCAACAACAAAAGGCGAACGGGGGAAAGCCAAAGGAAAACUACUCGCGGGGGAGCAAAAAUCGGCUGGGAAGCACGGACGGACGAAGAAGAGGAAGAAAAGGAAUCAGAGUAGGAGAGCAAGCAGCAGCAGAAGAAGAAGCAGCGCAGCCGCUAAUUGUCUCGUCGUUCGUUGUUGUUGCUGCCUUGCAAAAAAAAAAAACGAAACCGAAAAAGAAAUUGCAAAAAAAAUAAAGCAAACAAAUUCAAUCAAACGAACUGAACGAUUAGCAAGUUAAUAAACGCAACAUAAAACCAAAGGAACGAACAGCAGUGGCAAAGGAAAAAGGCAAAAGAAGAACAAUCGAAAAGGUCAAAAAAUGUGAGCAAGGGAGAGGAGAGACUUCCCCAAAAAAAAAAACCGAAAGAAAAAUGGAGCAAAAGUGAAAAACCUUUAGUAAUCAAAUUGCACAAAAUGCGAGAGAGGAGAGCAGAUCAAUAAUAAUAAUAAUAACAAAAGGAAAGGAGCAAAUGUAACUUCUGUGUGUGUGUGCGUGCGUGAGGCAAAUAACAAAAAACAGCGCAGAAACAUUUUUAACUAAAAUGUGGAGACCAAGCAAGGAAACAACAAAAGCUAAAACAACGACAGCCAGGAGCAGCGCAGCCAGCAGCGACGUCGACGCCAGCGUCGCCGCAUGGAAAGCACAGAAAACCGCAUGACAAGGAAAUGGAAAAUUUUUGUGCAGCCCGAAAAACCAAAUGUGAACAUAAAGGAAAGGCCGACAGCGAGGCGUUGAGCAAACGAAAAACAAAACAAAAUACAACAAAAAUACAAGAACGUGUGUGUGUGUGUGCGUGUGUGUUUUCCAAUCGAAUAAUCGAAGAAUAAUAGUAAUAAUAAUACAAGUCAAGGAAGAAGCGGCAUUCGAAAGAGAACAGAAUAAGCGCAGGAAGAAGCAGAUGUAAUAACUAAAGCAGAAGAAGAAGCCCAUCAGCAAAUCUAUGAGAAGAAGAAGAAGGCGAAGAGGAAGCGGCAACUUGAAAAAUAUACAACAAUUAUUAAUUAUGGCAGCUUCAACAAACAAAAUUCUGUAGAAGAGGAAACAAAAGACGCCCAAAGGCAAGAUUUUUAAAUAGAAGGAGUUAGUAACACAAAAGAAAACGUUGGCAGCCAAAACCACAAAAAAACAAAACAAAAAGAAAUUGCUAACAAUAUAUUCAACAUAGCUGGAGGAGGUUGACGCCAAACGCAGGCGUCGCAUCCCGAAAAGCUCAAGAGAAGAACAUACAAGUGAGGGAAAUAUACACCAAUUAGUAUAUCGCUGCCAUGGCCAGCAGCGCGACGAACGUCGACGGCGGCAGCGGGACGUCGACGGCGCUGCCAUCGCUCUUCCCCGCCGUUGGCGCCGCUGCCGGUGUCAAGGAUAUGGACGGAUUAAUGGCCAUUAACGAUAGCGCCCUAUCGCAACAGAUCGAAUUUAUACUGCAGGAUGCUCCCAUGGAGCAGGACGACGAUCCUCACCAGCAUUCGCAUGUGCAUCACCAUCAUCACUCGCAGCAUCAUCCUCACUCGCAUUCGCAUCAGCAGCAACAGCAGCAGCAUCUUCAGCAACAGCAGCAGCAGCAGCAACACCAUCAUCCGCAUCAUCAUCUGAAGCUGGACAACAGCAGCAACAACCACCCACCGACCGCAGCAGCAGCCGCAGCUGCCGUAGCAGUAGCAGCCACAACUGCAGCAACAGCAGCCGCAGCAACCAACAACAGCGCUUCCUUCAGCAGCAACAGCAGCAGUAGCAAUAGCAACAACAGCAAUCACUUGGACAACCAGCAACAGUUGCUCAUUCAGCAGCAACAGCAGCAACAUCAUCUGCUAAACGGACGCCGCAUCAUAAUCCAGGCCACGGGUAACUCGUCCGUUCUGGCCGCCAGCGAUAUCAAGGAGGAGGACGAGGAGGAGGAAGAUCCCGAGCUGAACGAUGAGAAUCUGCAGGAUAUCGAAGAGGAGGCUCAGGCAGCCGAGGCCGAUGAGGAGCCCGAAACCACCGCGCAUUUGUCCACGCAAGUUAAGCUGGAGCUGGAAGAGGAUGAGGAAAUGCCCGACGAGGAGGAGGAAGAGGAUGAGGACGAUGACGAGGAGCUGCAGCACGGCCAGCUGGAGUACCAAAUUAGUGCGGCCACGCAAACAGGUGGAGCAGCGACGAGUAGUGCCGCUGGUGGCGCCGCAACAGCCGGCGGAGGAUCACAGCAAUUGGUACAACUGCCCGCCGGGAGUAUUGUGAGCACAACCACCCACCGAUUGUCGGUGCCCGUGACCGAGGCGGCUCUUGUGCAGCUGCAACGGCGACCGGUCUACAUAAGCAAUGCUGUGGGCGGCCUAACGGCCGGCACAACCUAUGUGAGAAUGCCGGCGGCUGCUGUUAUCAGCCGCAGUCCCAUGACGGUGCUGAAUGUGGUGCAACAGGCGCUGCCGGCCACUCAGCUGAUAUUGCAGACACAACAGCAACAGACGCCGGCAGCGGCAGCGGCUGAGCAGCAAUUGGCCUUGGCCUUGGAGCAGCAAAGGCAGCAGCAGGAACAGCAGGCGCAGCAACAAAGGCAGCAGCAGCAGCAAGAACAGCAAAGGCAGCAGCAGCAACAACAGCAGCAGCAGGCGCAACAAGAACAGCAGAGGCAGCAGCAGCAGCAACAACAACAGCAGCAGCAGCAGCAAACCCAUCCAGUGAAACAUUCAGCAUCCGGCUCUUCCUCCACCAACAACAACAGCAACACAAACUCCACCAACAGCAACAAUAACACGCCAGCCGCAUCGGCGACUGUGACCACCAGUUACCAGUGCGUCGAGUGUGUGGAGAAGUUCGAUUCCAAGGAGCUCUUCGACAUCCAUCGCAGCGGCCACGCCAAUAACAUGAAGUGCGCCAUCUGCAACAUGGUGCUGAAGUCCCUGAAGAACUACGAGAAGCACUGCCUGCGCUGCAAGCCGUACGAAUGCCAGAUAUGCGGUCGCGUCGUCCGCUUCCGGCCGAACUUCAUCAAGCAUAUGCGAGUCCAUACGGGCCAGCAGUCGGAGCGGCACAAGUACAAGUGCGAGGUGUGCCACAAGGAGUUCAUGAGCUUCGAGUACUUCAAGGUGCACAAGAAGAUCCACAACGAGAACGUGAACCUGACCUGCGAGAUCUGCGGCAAGGUGUUCAGUGCCCUGGCAUCGCUGCGCGGCCAUUCCAAGCUGCAUUCGGGGGUUAAGCUGCACAAAUGCGACGUGUGCGGCAAGGGUUUCGGACAGCGCUACAACCUGAAGAUUCACGCCAGAACGCACACGGGUGACUUCCCCUUCGAGUGCAAGAUCUGCAAGAAGAAGCUGCACACACAGUCGUCGCUGCAGACGCACAUGCAGGUCCAUCUGCGGGAUCAGCCGGGAGCAGCUGCUGCCGCCGCCUCUGCUGCCGGAGCAGCCUCCUCGAAGGCCAGCAAUAGCAGCAAUUCGAGCAACAGCAGCAACUCCAGCAGCAGCAAUUCCAGCAGCAACGGCGUAUCGGCAGCUGUGGCGGCAGCCGCAACGACUACAACAAUUGUCAAGCUGGAGCCGCCGCACGAGAUGGAGAGGCCAGGCACCAGCAGUAGCAAUCAGCAGUUGCAGCAGUCGCAACACCACCAAAUGGAACUAGACGAUCAGUCGGGACUGAGCGGGGACGAGGAGGAUGGCAGCGGCGGCGGUAGGAACUCCUCCUCGCAUAUUGUGAACGCAACCACCAAUCGCUUGACCACCGGCGAGGACUCAUCGGAGUCCUCGAAUGCCUCGCUACACCUGAACCAGCACUCCUCCACCUCAUCCUCGCCAGCCUCGCAGCACCAAGUGUCGUCGCACCAGCAGCAUGUGCUGCAGCAGCAGUCGCAGCAACAAUAUCUCGUUUCGGCACCAACACGAACGAUCGUCAUUAAGAACUACAUGCAGCAGGGAUCCCAGCAGCAGCAGCAGCAACAUACCUCCGAUCCAACGCCCGUGCUGCAUGCACAGGUCAUCCAGAGCGGUGCAGGCACCAGCAACGGCAGCGGCAACACCUCCUCCACCAAUAGCAGCAGCAACAGUAGUACCAACAUUGUCACCACCAACGCCGGCGGCAAUCUCAGCAAUGGCUCGCAGUUGAUACGAAAGACGCCGAUCAUUCAUCAUUCGACCGGGAGCAGCAAUGGCAGCGGCGGCUCAGCGCUGACCAGUGUGGUGCAGCAAACAGGUGUUAUUUCGCCAGCUCAAUCGCCAUCAUCAUCCUCGACCUCUUGCUCCUCAUCCACGGUGCUGGUUUCCAAAGCCACCGGUGUGCCACUAUCGAUAGCUUCCUCGGCGGCGGCUGCACUCGGAGGCUCCACUAUCAUACGCAGCACAAGGAAUCACCAACAACAGCAGCAGCAGCAACCAGCCCAACAACAACAGCAGCAGCGGGUAACGCAGCGCAAUAACCACCGAAAUCACCACCGACGUCGCCAUUUGGCGGACAUGGAUGACGAUGAAGACGACGACGAGGAUCAGCCACAGCAGCAGCAGCAGACGCAUACGCAGCAAACGCAACAGCAUCACCAUCAUCACAGUCAUCUUCACAACCAUCACAAUCAUCAUUUCGAUGACGAUGAUGACGAUGAGAAAUCGUCACCGUCCCUGGCCACAGCGGCCAUUAUCAAAGUGGAACCGAAUCUGUAUUCCUCGGGCUCUGGCGACAACUCCAACGAUAUGUUCAUCAAGGAGGAGGUCAUGUUUGAGGAUUCGGCUGCCCUGCAUUCGCCGCAAUCGCCGCCAAGCUCGAAAUUCCGUAUCUCCAACUUUGAUAGUGAUCUAGUGGAUCAUCACGUUGAUCUGAAUCACUCGCUGCCGCCGUAUGGUAAUUUGUUUGAACCGCAUUCCAUACCGGAUAGCAUACCGGUGCAGUUGUAUCCGGAUGAUGACGAUGACUUCCGGCUGGAUCAUAGUUCGCUUGGUGGACUGCACAACACAACGUCGUCGUCGACCACCGAUGGGGACUUCAUCAAGAAGGAAUGGGUAUACGGCACGGGCGCUAGUUCCUAUGCCAUGAACGGCAAGUUUGAUGACGACAGCGAUGCCCUGUGCGAUGCGGCCAAUUUCAUUUACAAUUGAGUGCAGGCAGCAGCCGCUGGCGUUGUGGUGGAUCAUAAUCGUCAUGGUCAUUGUCAUUGGAAACGGAUGAGGCAUCCGCGUCAUCAGGAUGAGGAGGAGGAGGAAGUGGAGCAUCAACAGCAGCAGCAGCAGCAGGAGGAGGAGGAGGAAAAGCGAAAUGUGCAGGAGGAGCUGGAACAGGAUCAGCAACGCAAUGUUCUGCGUCGCGUCCACGAUGCAGCCAUGUGGAGCUGAGGAUUCGGUUAAUCCAGAUUCAUAGCUGUACCACGUAUAUAUAUAUAUAUAACAUAUGCCCCCCGCCCCAUCCCAUUAUCACCGAAUUCACACACCACAAAACACAUCCAAGGGGGUGAAUCGAUUUGCGUAGGAUGCAAAAAUCAAUUUAUGAACAAUUCUAACUAAUUUCGCUGUGAAAACUUUAACGUUUUAGAGCUGCUCGUAACAGAAAAAGGAUUUAUUCGUUCAAAAGCCACAGGGAUAUGUCUUGUAUAAUCAAAAAGGCAUCAGGAAAUUAUCAACUUUAUGGGGGGAAAGAAAAUGGUAAUUGUGUAAUAGAUUUUUGCAAUGGGCUUUAAAACCAUAGAUUCUUAGGAAAAUUAGUUUUGAGUGACUUAUCAGCUGGUUUUUUAAAUAUCUGGUAUUAUAUUCAACAGAAAACUAUGCAUUUUUUUGUAAAUCUCCAAAUUAGAGUUCUAAGCUGACAUUUUGGACCUUCCCAAAGGAAAGAAAGAUUUGGGGGUUUUUUUUUUUUUAUAAAGAUAAAAAAAGAUGUAAAAUUGAUUUGAAUUGUAUCUAAAGUUUUCAAAGCCAAAUUAUUUAGAAUUAUUCAUAGAAGACUCUUCCAGAUUGUUCUUUUAAACUAUUUUGCAACGCAAACAGGUCGAGCCGCCCUAAUAUUUAUACAUAUAUAUUGCUAAUAUAUACCAGAACACAUACUUAUCCUAUAUGUCCACCAUAUAGACAAUUUGCUAUCUCUGUUGCGCUCGUGAUGAUCUUAUAACGUGAUCUUAAGUCUAAAUCAAUGUGUAAAAUGUAAUGUUUGUUUUUAACUUGCUUUCGUUCAAACCUUUUCUCCCAGUGUGUAAUUUGCCUCCGUUUCCGUUUGUUGUAGUUGUUUAUCUUGUCUCUCGCUCUCUCACUCUGUGUGUCUCUGUCUCUGUUGCUCUCGUGCCCUCUCUGUCACUGUCGCCCCGUCUCACUCUGAUCUGUUUAUACGAAGUGUGUACAAUUUUCGCCCCCACUUUUAGUGUAAAAAACGAAGAAAAUCUCAAAUGAACUUGUAACUUGAUGUGAAACACGAAUUGUUUAUUAUAAGUUUUAAUUUUUA